AUGGUGUCGUCAAAGCCUGAGCCAUACCACGAUGCUCUCUACCAUCUUGCAGCUGCUGCAGAGUCGUCUCCAUCUCCGCAACUUGUGCAUUACUCAGACUCGCAGCACUGCUCGCCUUACCAGCAUGCGCAACACCAGCACUAUGACCCUGCGCAGCAUCACCAUAAACAAGGCCGCCACUACGUGAAUGCACCUCAUCCUCGCACAUCGCAUUCACACUCGAAUUCGCAAGAUCAGUACAGUUACGCAGACCACAACUAUUCCCCUGCUUCCGUAGCAGCCUCGUCUACAUCUUCGGUACCUCAUCACUCUGAGGCUUUGGCCGCACGACCGCCGCUAGCAUCCGCUUCAUCAACGAGAUCCACAUCAACGCUUGCUUCGGAAGGUCAACCUCGGCCUCCUCCUAUCGAAGACUCUGUUAACAGCGCAGCUUCAACAUCUGCUACUGCCGCCGCUACCGUCGAGAAAAAGAUCUCUUGCAUGGAAUGUCGUCUCUCCAAGGUGAAAUGCUCCGGUGGCGACUUGUGUUCCCGAUGCAGGCGUCUUGGCAAAGAAUGCUUCUACAAGAGCCACAAGCGCGGCCGCAAAUCGGAUAGCUCCAAGAUUCAGAAGCUCGAGCGCACUGUCGAUUCGCUCAGCCGUGCGCUCGAGCAGUUCUCGAGGACCAAGAUUGCAAGAAGCCCAGGCAGCUUGCAGGCACCGUCCAAACCCGGCUCAGCUGACACCAGGCGUGAUGGUCAGUCCGAGCUUCUGGACGAUCAGGAGACUUGUUCACCGGACACCUUCUGGAAGACGGUGGACGCGCAUCGAGCUCCAGCUGCGCCUCUCUCUACCGCCAUGUCCCCACCUGCACACUCGCCGCGUGCCCACCUCGCUUCAACGCAACGUGAACAGUCUAACCCGAUGGUUCAACAAUCAUCCGAUCUGCAACGAAAGCGUUCUGCGUCCUCAUCCUGGCAGACGUCUCACAGCAUCACUUCGGCAACGCCGACAUCAGACGAUCCGGACGAGCCCGAAAACCUCGGACUUCCCACACUUUCGAACCCGCUCAAGUUGCUGGCGCAUGCGAGUGACUCGGCCCGCGAAGGUCUCGAAGCCUCGAACAAUACGUCAGCGGCUGCUGGCUUCAGUGCAUCUGGCGAUAAGGCUGCAUCAGCGUCAAACGAUCACCCCGAUCCUCUCGGUCGGGCCGAUACCAAUGACAACGGGACGGCCGCUUCUUCUGGCGAUCAACGGCGACCUUCGUUGGGUGGGAGAGGCGACUCGACAGACGCGAGAGCCAGUCUCUUUGGCGAAUAUCAUGGCCUCACAAAGACCAACACAGUGUCACGCUUUGGCCCCGGACGCGGUAAGGCCUUCUUCGACGUCGGCCUGUUCACCACCAAGCUCGACAAUCUGCCGCAGUUCGACCCUAUCGACCGCGGCUAUCUCACGCUCGCUGAAGCGCAAAGCCUCUAUGCUGUCUACAUUGAUCAUAUCAACCCCACCAUCACGCUGCUGGAUCCGCACCUGCACACAUUCGAUUACGUGCGCUCGUGCUCUUCGCUCCUGCUUAGUUGUACGUGCUGGAUUGCAGCAAAGUACCAGGUCGAGGCGAGUCAGAUUGCAUCCGACCUCGAGAUGCACAUCCGCACCAAUCUGUUGCCCACCAUCUUGAUGGAAGGCUACAGGAAUGCAGAGAUCCCACAGGCGCUCAUCAUCCUCGCCGCCUACCAUCCGCAGAUGAACACCUUGUCAGAGGAUAAGGCCUGGGCCUAUGUAGGCUUUGCCAUUCGCAUUGCUUCGGAGCUCGACAUGAACAGUCGCAUCGCUGUGCGCCCGGACAAUCGCCAGGACGACGCUGGUCUAGCUCGGCGGCUGCGCAAUCGAGAACGCACGUGGCUCAACCUGUGGCUCUUCGAGACGAGCAUGAGCCAGCACAUGGGAAGGCGCCCGACCUUGGCGAAUGACCCUGUCGUCAUGGGUUGCGCACACUGGCAUCUGGAUAAGUUUGCCUUGCCAUCCGACAGGGCCGUCGUGGCCACGGUGCAGUUGCGCUUGCUCAUGAAUCGCAAUACGGAGCUCUUUGAAAACUUUGUCGACGCUUCCAAUGCGUAUCUGCCUGCAGAGCGUACGGCCAAGCAGGUAGAGCUGUUUAGACGAAUUUGCGCAUCAGACCUCGAUACGUGGCUCGCUACUUGGACAGGGCCGUCGCAUCAGCAGUCGACACAGCAUGCGCAGCUAUCCAUGACCAAAGCUGUCAAUCCACCCGAGUUCCGAGCCGACAAUACGAGCGCAAACAGCAACGGUGGCAGCAACGGUGGCAGCGACAAAUCGGAACUUGAAGCUAACACAACUCUGCCACCCACACUAGGGCGCAUCAACCGCCUGAAACUGUACUACUGGUACGCGAGACUCAUCCUCGACACGAUCGCACUGAAAUGCAACCAUCUCGGCCUCGAAGUUCUGCGCCCCAUCUACAGGGACGCGUAUGCGUGCUGCAUGGCCUACCUCGGCCUCUUUGUCGCCACAAUGGUGCCUAACGGCUUAUUCUGGGGUCACAACUCGGCCGUGGUCACGCCCGCUUACUGCGCCAUUUUUGCACUCAAGAUUGUUGGCCUCAUCUCGACAUCUGCCACAGGAGCUGCCACCGUGCAGGCAGCUGACAAUGUGAAUGCUUCGCUAGCACCGCGUACAGAUAAGGCGAAAGAGGAGGAUUUGGGUAUCGAUGUAGAUGCAGAGUAUACGUUUGAGAUGGUGGAGAAGGUGGCCAAGGCGUGCGAGGAGGCGGGAAAUGCUACUCCACAUAGAAGGGCCGCCGCUGGUAGCUAUGCGUUUUUCUUGUUCACCGUGCUGGCCAAGGCGAAAGGUGCGUGGAGUGCCAAGCUGGCGAGAAAGGAGGAACAGAGCGAGCAAGCCAACGCAGGCAAGAGCAGGAACAAGAGGGAUAGGGAGGCCAACCGCGAGACGGAUGGGCGACAGAACAAGGUGGUUAGAAACGGCAAGGUGGGCAACAAAGAUCUUGAGCAGCGUGGAGACCAGAACGGCGUAUCGACUGUAGGUCAAGCCGCGAUGCAGGGACGUGCCGCUACAGGAGGCGCGAGUGCGACGGAUGAACGGUCCGGGACAGAUAUCCCUUCGGCUGCUCCGUCUACAGAGGGUGACGAGUUGGUAGCAUCUUGCGGCGCAGUCGGCACCGCUGAUUCGGACGCCUUCUCUCUUCGACAGCUUAUGCAGUUCCAAGCGGGUCCAUCAGGUGUUCAGACGGCUAUCGUCCACGACUCGUCACUCGGCUCGCAUCCGUACCAGCAACCAUUGCACAGCCCUUGGCAGCAACAGUCCGCACAAUACGGCGGAUGUGCACUGAACCAUACGACGUCCGGGACGGUCGCUAUCCCGUUCGAUGCCCAUGAAUCGACUGUCGCCACAUCCAAUGCUGCUUCCGCCGCACUCGGUGGCGGUCUUGGUCCGAGCGGUGUAGGCAACGGUCAAAGUGGAGCUGCAAAUGACUCGGGUGCUGCAGCAGCCGCUGUAGGCGUGGUGGAUAUCGAUUGGGACUUUGGAAUGCUCGAUGGGUUCUUGGGAGAGUCGCUCUUCAGCGAUAUGAGCUUUGUCUCUGCUUCCGCUACGCCUGCCAACACGAACGCUGCUAAUGGCAUUUAA